AUGAAGUUCGGAUUCAUCAUCCUGCUAUCCACAGCAGUUACUGCUGCUGAGGACGAGAAUACACGAUGGUGUAAUCACGAACCAAGUGACUCCGACCUUACUUGUGAUGGUAGACCAUCCGUCUACUGUUGUGACCGGAUUCUCAAUACCUUGGCGCAGCCAAAACGAAAGAAAGAUCUCCCAGUCAAGCGCUCAUGUGGCAGGCAAGGUAUACAUGUACGAUCGAGAAUUAUGCGGCUGCUGGUCUCAUUGGUCAUGCCGCCUGCGUAA